UAUGGGCAAAAUUAAUACUCAUUUUUUAGUAACUAUAUAUCUUUUAUAUAUACUUUUUAAUUCUAGUGUCGCUUCUACGUGCACAAGCCAAGAUGAACAAAACUGCGAAGAAGAGAAAAUCAAUAAGUACUCCAUGGAGGCGAACACAAAGUAUCAGAAAUACUUACAGCUCAUAAAAGAAGCCAAAGAAUCAUAUAAACCGUGCAAUGAAACUAAAUGUAGAUGUCACGCUCAAGUUAUUGCCAAUGAUCUACAAGUUUUUAAAAAGAAUGGGAUAUCAAAAAAGUUAAUAGAAAAUGUCAAAUCAAAGGGGACCAAAUACCAAAUAAUAGUAAACAAAUUAUACCGUGACAAAUCUUGUAUGUUCCCUGCGAGAUGUGCCGGUAUCGAACAUUUCAUUUUUGACUUGUUACCAAAGUUACCCAAUAUGGAAUUUAUCGUCAAUACGAGAGAUUGGCCACAGAUCCACAAGCAAUAUGGCAUCUUUGGACCCAUAUUCUCGUUCAGUAAAUCGCCAGAUUACCAUGAUAUAAUGUAUCCUGCUUGGUCGUUUUGGGAGGGUGGGCCAGCCAUUAGCCUAUAUCCCAGGGGGAUAGGUCGUUGGGAUUCCCACAGGAAGAAAUUAGGGAAGCUUGGAAAUGAGACUUCGUGGAAUGAAAAAAUACCAAAAGCAUUUUUUAGGGGAUCUAGAACUAGUGCAGAAAGGGACCCCUUGGUACUUUUAUCAAGAGAGAAACCAGAGUUAGUCAAUGCACAGUAUACAAAAAAUCAGGCUUGGAAGUCGGAUGCCGAUACUCUUCAUGUUCCUCCUGCUAAAGAAGUUUCGUUCGAGGAACAUUGUAAGUACAAGUACCUCUUUAACUUUAGAGGCGUAGCGGCCAGCUUCCGAUUUAAGCACAUCUUGCUGUGCAAAUCCCUAGUUUUCCACGUGGGAAACGAGUGGCUCGAAUUCUUCUACCCGGCCCUCAAACCUUGGAUACACUAUAUUCCAGUCGAGGCAAAUGCCAGCAAGCAAAAACUAGAGGAGCUUAUCGAGUUUACAGUACAUCACGACGACAUUGCUCGGGAAAUAGCCGAGAACGGAUACAACCUGAUUUGGAACAAUCUGAGGAUGAAAGAUGUUUCUUGUUACUGGAGCAAGUUGCUUAAAAGGUAUGCAAAGCUUUUAACUUAUGAGCCAGUUCUAGACGCAACGCUUAUUGAGAUUAAAAAAAAGUAUUAAAACGUCAAUUCUGAUUAUUUUUUAUUUUUUUUAUAGUUAUAGGGUCACUGCGCCAGUUUUCGAAUAUUUAGUAUAUUUUUUACUGUCUUAAUUUCAUUACAAAUUUUUUCUUUAAUGGUCUCAACUUGCUACUAAUCUGAUAAACUGAGUUAUUUUAAAAUGGCUAGAUAUGAAAAUAAUUUUAUUUUUAAGAUUUGAAAGAUUUUUGAAUGAAAAAAUAAAUGAAAACUCAUUUUGUACCUGUUUUCAACUUCUGCUCCAUUAUGAUAUUCCCAUUUUUGGCCACCCCUUACAUUAGAUAUUUUUAAUUGAAAAUGGUCCUUCAUGCAUAAAUUAUUUGUUAAAAAAGGGCUUUUCGGAACAUAGGAAUAAUUGCUAUUUUCCUUUAUUUCUUUGUAACUAUCGUCAUUAAUUUGGUAAGAGUUUGUUUUUGGAAGGUCAAAAGAACAUGUCAAUAGAUUAAGAAACAAAUGUCUGCUAAAUAAA